AUGUUGCUCAACAGCGAACAAAAACAACAAGAAAGCUCAAUGUUACUCGACAGCAACUGGAGUCUCUGUUAUUGUAAUGGACAGAAUGCUCAAUGUGGAGUGACAGUCAAAUUGACGACAACAACAAUUGGAGCUUUUGGAGGACUGGAAGGAGUUGAAGGAGGUGGAGGACUUGAAGGACUUGAAGGAGUUGAAGGACUUGAAGGACUUGAAGGCUUU